AUGGGUAAAAGGCCAAUUCCUUCUCUACCAGUUCAGCAGCAGGAAAAUGCCAUGUCCUAUUCUGGCUACCAAGGCCUCCCUCAUGACUGUUGGCCUUUGGGAGAACCGCUACCAAAGAGCAAGUCAGAGGAAUUCCAAAACCAGAAAAGGAGUUGCACAGCUGAGAAGUCACUUGCUAAUGCUAAAGCCCUUGUUGAAAGACUGAGAGAUCACGACGAUGCAGCAGAAUCUCUGAUUGAGCAAACCACAGCUCUCAACAAGUGAGUAGAAGCUAUGAAGCAGUAUUAAGAAGAAAUUCAAGAACUUAAUGAAGUUGCAAGACAUCGGCCACGGUCCACAUUAGUUAUGGGAAUCCAGCAAGAAAACAGACAAACCAGAGAAUUGCAACAAGAGAACAAAGAAUUAUGUACAUUCCUGGAAGAACAUCAGUCUGCCUUGGAACUUAUAAUGAGCAAGUAUCGAGAGCAAAUGUUUAGAUUGCUAAUGGCUAGCAAAAAAGAUGAUCCAGGGAUAAUAAUGAAGUUAAAAGAGCAGCACACCAAGGAAUUACAAGCACAUGUUGACCAGAUAACUGAAAUGGCAGCAGUAAUGAGGAAAGCCAUUGAAAUUGACGAGCAACAGGGACAGGAACGGAUAUUUCAACUUGAGCAAGAAAAUAAAGGCUUGAGAGAGGUCCUUCAAAUAACUCGAGAAUCAUUCUGGAAUCUUAGAAAAGACGAUGUGUCGGAAAGUACAUCUUUGUCAGCAUUAGUGACCAAUAGUGACCUGAGUCUGAGGAAGAGUGAAGAGCUUUUAAGUCUGUGAAUGAAUUAACAGAAAAAUCCAUCU